UACAGAUUUAUAGAAAAUAACAGACAAAGAGUCUUAAAAAAAAACAACAAAAAAAUGAAGAUGAAAUAAAAUGCAGACUUCAGGAGGUUUUAAGGAAACCGGAAACUCAUUUUUACGAAGACGGAAGCAGGUGUAAAAAUAAACCGGAAAUUAGAGCUCUCUGGCCAAGAAACAGAAUUCUCCCAUAGGUUGAUUAGAGAGCAGAAUUUUUAGAACCAAAGAGAAAAUAUUGAACUUUAAAAAUGGAGGACAGAGGGUCCCCCCAGCCUCCAGAGUUAGAGACAUUCAAUACUUGGAACUCUUCCACUCCACUCCUACACAUACCCUCCAGUUCAGAACACUACCCUGAGCACCAGCACAACCCGGAGAGAUUCAGAAAUAACAGAUCCACAAAAAUCCCUUCUCCGGACACUCUUAAACCCUUCCAGGAGAUAAAACCAACUCUAAGCCUAGAGGUUUACCCGGAUACCCCUACUCCAGCUGGUAGAAACCCUAAGUACUCUAAUCCUUAUCCCUAUUUUGAGCUCCACUCUGAUCCACUGGAUUUAGAACAUCAUGAAUUUGUAGAAACAAGAGUUGAAGAAGUGAAUGCUGAGACUCCAACCUCAACAAGAGAAUAUUUGGGUUCAAGGUUGUUGCAGCCUUCAAGAAGUCCUUCUGCAAGUGGAAGAAAUUUAAUUAGAUUCCUCUCUUCUCCUUUAACCCGUUCUUCGGGGUCUCAUCAUUCAUCAACAACACACCUAGAUUAUCCUAAUCAGAGUUCCUACCGCCAGCUAGGAGGGUCAACUAGUCAGAUAAAUCUUCCGGCCAGCUCGUCCUCUAGACCUGGAGGUCAAAUAAACCGAUCAAUAAGUCACAUACCACAGUCAACAAGUCACAAUAACCUCACGCAAACUGAUCUUAUUAAACCCAGGACCACAGUUCACAAAUCAGUGAGUGAACUUUUUCAUCCAGAAAGGGAACGUACUCAGAGUUCCAGUCGUUUCACCCAUUCAAGUCAGAGGGAAUUAACAUCAGGAUCAAGAGAGAUCAUACCUGGCUCAACAAGUGGCCUUAAAACCCUGACAAAUAAACCCAAAGAUAGAAAUUUAGGAUCUCCUGAGGCUGCGUCAGUCACUGUUGGAAUUUCAAGGGAGUCAGCAAAAACACAUCAAAGAAACUUUCCACGAUCAGAAUCUCUGUUGACCUUUAGUCCAUCCGUGCGAAGGUCAACUUCUUUUAACGAACCAAGCCCACGUGCAUCACCCAGACGGGGUUCUCUUCGUCAGAACAGGCUGCCGGGGCGCAUAGACAAAGCCGCGGAAGGUUACGGAGAACGACGGAAGGAAGACGACGGGUUUGUGAAACACGUCAAUCUUGAGAAAAAUCCGCAACACUUUGGGCGAACUCUUGAGAAAGGGCGAAGUGAAUCUUUACUGUCAGGGAAGCAAGAAUGGAAUAUUUUUCCAAAUUUUGAUAAUUUAAAGGAGGUUUUGUUUGGAGAAAGUAGAACUCUCCUUCCAGGGAGUAAUAACAGAUAUAAUACUGAACACAGUUCUAACAAAAAAUCCGCAAUUCUCCCACAAGACAGACGAGGUGUUAGAUCUAGUAGAAGUCCAGUUAAAGAUGAAUUUACAGAAUUCAGCCAAUACGGGAGCAGGUUCACGCUUAACCAGACGGAUGAAAAAGAAAAAGAGAAAAAAGAAAAGUUAAAAGAGAAGAAAACAGGUGGAAAGGGAGAAGACAAAGAAAAGAAAGAGAAAAAGGCAAACACCAAGAAGACAGACAAGGAGUUCCUGAAGUGCAUGAAGUACAUGCAGUACACGGAUUUAAGGAAAUACCCGGAGCUAAAUGCUCUUCUGACAGAAAAGAUGAACAUGAAAGAAAUUUUAUCAAAACACAAGCAGAAUUAA